AUGCCUCGAGCGGCCUGCGACUCUUCGAAUCCGCCAUCGACGCGACUACGCGACUACAUACCUUUCAACAUGGUAGAUAACACAACCUCCGAGUUCGUGACAUUGGUCUCAAGCGAUGGCUUUGAGUUCAUUAUCCCGCGCAGUGCCGCUUGCGUUUCCGGCACCAUUCGGCGCAUGCUGGACCCCGCGAGCAAGUUCUCAGAAGCACUUACUGGUCGCUGUAACCUAGAGACCUUGAGUGGCAUCGUCCUCGAGAAAGUUUGCGAAUAUUUCCUUUACAACGAGAAGCACAAGGACCAGAUUAAUGUCCCUGACAUGGAUGUUCCGCCUGAGCUGUGCCUGGAAUUGCUGAUGGCGGCUGAUUACUUGGAUACUUGA